CUCUUCACUUCUAAUCUCUCUUGAAGGCUUCCGGCAUAGUCAAGAUUGCUGCCUUCUUGGGGACAAGGAGAAGCAUUCCCAGAAACAAGCUUCCGUUUGGGGGAACAGUGGGCUCUGCCCACCUCCCAAGCCUGAGGGAGGAAGUGCAGGCCUGGAGCCUGGGGCUGCCUUGGCUUCCCGGCACAUCUCCUCCCACCCCCGCGCCGUCCCACAUAUUUCUGGGCACAGAAUGCAGCUACGGUGGGGACUGAGGAGCAAGUUCUGUUCCUUGACCUAUGAAGUGGUUACACGAGUGCAUUCUCUUUGGGAUAAUUAAAAUGUACCCUUCUGUGCACUUUUCUGUAUGUAGAUUAUACUUGAAUAGAGUUAAUAUAACAGCGCUGAGCCCCAGAGGCAUGGCAGUGGUCGGUCAUGAAGGAGGCUACUGAAGUGGGGAUGAGAGUCAGAGGGCGGGCGCCUUUCCCUGUGUAGGGAAUCAACUCUCUUUCCCUACACCGUGGGCACCUCAAGGGCAGGACCCAUCUUCAUCUUUGGUCCUAGAGCCCAGCCCUGAGCCUGUCACAGUAGCCCCAGAGUAGGAUGAGUGAAGGAAACCGGGAAAAUGCAUCCACCUUCCAAACCCCGUUUGUCACAGCAUUGUGCGUGGUCAGAGAAAAGCAGGACAUUCCGGGAAAGGAUGACUCCAGUCACAUUCCGAUAGCGCUAUUCAGAGGAUAGUCCGUUUUGCCCACAGGACUGAUUCUUGGAAGGGGCAAGAACUUGGCUCACUCAUCACCCCUCUGUGCUGGUGACUACUCCAGGGUCGGGCUUGCCCACAUCUAGCUUUGUUUAGCCAUCCAGUCAGUUCACAGCCCUGGGCCGCCCAGUCCCUCUAAUGGAGGUGGGGAAGGGCUCCAGAAAGGGGCAAAAUCCAAGAUAAAAGCAGUAGCGGGCAUGCCAGGGCGGCUUACAGCCUGACCCUUGGAGGUAAGACGUCCACAGCUGACCUAGAACUCUACAGGCCCUUCCUCUCCAGGCAUGCGCGCCACUGCCCGAGUGCCAAGCCGAGCACCUUGCACGGUAGGACAGCAGUUGCUCACUUGGGUCCUUAGCAGUCUCCCCGGCGAGGGCCAGGUGGCCACGCUGCCAGUGCGACUGCUGAGGGAUGAUGUGGCCACUGUGCAGGAUGUACAUGCAGUGGAUGGCUUCCAGAUGAAAGUGGAUGCCCGUGGCUUCACCCCUGAUGAGCUCGUGGUGCAAGUGGACGGCCGAUAUCUGAUGGUGACAGGCCAGCGGCAAAUCGAGGGCUGCAGCCCAGAUGGCUGCAGCUACCGCGUGGCGCAGAAGGUACACCGGCAAAUACAACUACUGCCGGGCCUGGAUCCUGCCGCCAUGACUUACAGCUUGACUCCCUCAGGCCAGCUGUGCUUCCAAGGCCAAUGCCAGGCGCUGCCAUCCCCUGAAGCCCAGAUAGCACCGUACCCAAUAAUCAGCAGCCGCGGCUCUAAGAAGCGUUCCAACCCAGUCUGACCUAGUAAGCAACCAUAGUGUGCAGCAGCAGCCUUAGUGUCCUGUGGUCUCUUCUCGAGGUUGGGGUCAAAGUGGAUGUUUAACAAAGAUAGUGGGGGGCCGAGUGAAGGGCCCAGGGAGGCAGGAAAGGCACCUCCAGGUGGUGGUCCACCAAGAAUCGGGCCUCUGGCCUUGGGAGAAGCUGGGGCAGACCCUCAGCUCAGCUCAUGGCCUCAAUAUAUUGCUCCUGCCCUGGGCACCUGAGCAACAGCUCCAGCAGGGAGCAGCAGAGAGCCAAAGCAGACUGGCUUCAGAACCAGCAGAGGGCCAGGACAGCCCAGGGAAACAUGGCUUGGACCUGGUGUGGGGCUGUCUUUUGGCCUUAAGACCAGUCCUAGGUUCCAGAGAUCAUUGGUGUUCCUUCCUCUUCAGGCAAGAAGGUGAGAGGACCCAGUCCCUCACAACCCUGGUACAGACUAACCAAAAACCCCCAAAGAGGUUGCUUCUGGUUUUGGAGACCAACUAUUUUCAAAUGCAGACUGCACAUCACCCCAAUAUAAUCUGGAGCUGGUUGGGGAGAAGUGAAUGCAGAAGUUCAACUUCAAACUCGAUGAGAUUCAGCUCCAGGUCACCCUUACCCCACCCCAUUAGAGGUGGUAAUAUAAGGGCCUCCUUCUCUUGGUUCCAUGACUACCAGCAUCCCCUUUGGGACUGUGGGAAGCUUUUAACAAGAUUCAAUGGUUCAUUUUAAAUUAACUUCCAAGUAAUCUAGAGAGGUCAUUUGAACUCGGCCAGAGAAAAGACAAGGAAGACAAGCAGGAGGUCGAUCGAUCGGCUGACUAUAUUGACAAGAUACUGAUUGGUUACAUGUUGAAGAAAACAUACAAUACAAAAUACAGAAAAAGUUGGUUCCAUCCCCUCCCACUCCCCCUUUGCCCCCCCCCCCAAAUACUCAUCAUCAUGAUUUGGUCAGAAUAGGGCUCAGAGCCAGAGAUCAGGGCGACCAAGGACAAGGGGGGAGAGGGUUGUGGGCAACAGGUUUGUGGCUGUUCACAAUAAUGCUGUGGUUUCUCUCCCAGCUGUGAGUCAAUGGGUGAGA